AUGUCGUUUGUUUUUUACGCCUUCGUAUUUGGUUUUCACAUUUAUCUUCUCCUCGACACGGUACUUACCGCACCUACCGUGACUUACGAUCAACGACAGACCGGCGAACACAAUGUCCGAAUCGACUUGAAGGAUCUCAAGAUACUCGCUUUCGUUGAUUCCAAGAUACUCGAAGAUUACACGGAUUAUGAUUACUUUUACGAUUACGCUGACUUUACCAUAAAACCGAUUUCAAAGCCCACGACGUCGUCCUCGGUUGAAUCUUCGCCGAGUACUUCGGCCAUUAAUGCAUCCACAUCUUCUUCUUCGACCAUCAAAACGGAUCCCGCAGAAAUUUCACCUACGAACGAUUCAAUAACGACGACUUUAAGGAUCGAACAAUCGACGGAAGAUGCAACGAUACCGACGAUAGAAGAUAAAACGGAAACUUCGUCUAAUAAAGGCGGCUGGCUUGAAUUGAAAUCACAAGGCCGCCAUUAACGAAGAGAAGCUAUUCGAAAGAUAUCUUGAAAAUACAUUCGAAUAAUCUCUCUAAAUUACGAUAUUAUUUUAUUUAAUGUUAAACACGAAAGUGUAUUCGUCUACUGUGUGUGUGUGUGUG